AUGUACCAACGGCCUCCUCGUCUCCUCGUGGCGGGGGACUCGGCAGGGGGCACGCGGCAGGAAAUACCGGAGGGGGCGGGUGCGGUCAUUCUUUCUCCCGCAUCCGUCGCACACACCACUCCCUUCUCCUGCUCACUCUGGGAUGGCGAACGGACGGAAGAGAGUCAGGCUGGCCAGGAACCCCGGGGUUUGGAUGGUCUUGCGGUAGAUGUGGCCGCCAGUUCCAUGCUCACAGAUUGGAUGCGCAGCAUGUUGCCGUUUGAGAUACAGACGGCUACGAGCUGCCGGUGCCGGCGGAGCAACUAAAUACGUCGUGACGUUGAGACGUUGACGAGGGAGGUUCCUCCAGCGACCAGCACCGUGACGUCGGCGGCAACGACGAUGAUUUCGGCUGUGGCAACGACGACCCCCAUCACGAAGGAGGCGGGCCUGCCGGUUCGGGCGACUCAUCUGCGGCUGGCGAGGGUGACGCUCGCGCGCGUGAGCUGGAUUUGGACAAUGUGCACACCCUUAUAAACGAAUACGUGGGGGCUGAAGUAGUGGACGGCCAGAACCUUCGUUUAGCCCCCGAGGCGCUGAGGAGCCCAUAUUUUCCGUGGGUGAACCUCAGAACAGCUGGUGUCCGUGUGGUCGCUGACGAGAGCUUUCGCAUGGUGAUUUUUGGUCUCGCUCUCAACUCUAUGGUGUAGGAUUUGUUUUUAUUGUCCGGACCCCUACAAUCGACCUUGCACUUUCCGGCACUGUAGCCCCGAGAUCACUCCGUAAGGGAGUCUAUUCAACAAAUCCACAACUCAAAUACGCGCAGAAUAUAGGCAAAUCUCGUUCGUGCCUCGGUCGCCCCACACCAUGCUUCACUGUUUUGUUGCCGGGCACGCGUGUUCGGCGAUGCUGCUGUGCAAGCAACAUGUUUGUACGUUUAUGGUGAUGUUUGCCCUUCGAACCAUUACCCAGGUCAAACAAGCAUCGCGCGUGGCGGGACUGGCGCUUAACUCCAUCCACAAGGGCUUACACAUCGCUGAUGAUAUCCGAAACCUCGGUGCAGUGGGGAACGCAAACGCGGGCGAAUUCAACCAUAAGGGCCUCAAGAAGUCACGACGUGACGCAUGUCUUCGGGCUGGGGACAACGAGGUACACAUCAUGAAGAACUGGAACGACAACCAACUCUGAAGUCACUGUCCGACGGCGUCACGUGGGAUGCGUGUGGUUUCGAGAACGGAAAGGAGGUUCGAAAGGAGUUGACAGCCGGGCCGCUCUGACGGGAAGUCCUCCAGGAUGUUUUCGCCUUGUUGCCGGCGAUGCAACUGAGCCCAGCUUCGGUGGAAGAUGGCACGACCACCGGGCAUCAAGGAGGGCGGCCUCACGGGUAUCAACAGUGGACGGCCGGCCUCAAGGGCGUGGACGCGGGCAUCAAACUUCAGACAUGGCAGGAGGAGGUGUCCAAAAUGCUCCCGUCGCCGCAGGAGCUUGACCAACGCUACGCCGAUUAUUUUGGGUGCGGGCGGAUUGACGGAGAGGCGCCACGCUAACCCCCGGACGUGCUCGUACUGCUGGAGAAACAGGACCUACAAAGACGGUCUUGUGUAUAAUAGCGUGGAGGUUUUCAACCACUCGGGCGGUGCACCGGAGGAAGCAAGUGCAGGUACGGGAACCGUCCGAGGGUGUCGGUGAAGGACGCCGGUCGUCAUUCUGGGUGAACGCGGUCCACUGCAUCAAGGGGCAGUGACGUGGAGAUUUAUCUCACGACCAAGGAUCAGCGGGAAGGACGAUAUGGGCUAGGGCAAACGACUUUGGGCAAGGUCGCCUCAUUCUUUGAGCACCAGGGCAACCCUUGGCGGCGAGACGGCGAAAGCAACAUUAUCCCUGAAGGGGAAUACACCAUCUGGAUGGCCGUGUUUGAGUGCGUGACCACCGGAUUGGGUAACAACUUGCAGCUCCAUCACACAACAGGGUUGGCCGAGUUCAAGAUGCGUCACACCCUAACCUUCUACCCCACCCCAGCCAUUCGGCGUGUAGUCCAUAUGAUGCAUGUGUGUCCCACAUCUGGCGACUCGGCCUGUGGUCUGGUACACGAGAGCAAGCGGCAGUGGCGGUGCAAACUACUGGGGAUUUCAACAUACCUGCUGAACAAGUACUAUCCACAGUCCAGGGCGCGAUUCCAUCGACUAUAAUGUCCUUCCGGCUAAUUCCGCGAGAAGAAAGAGGGCGGGGCAGUAUUGGAGGAGUCACCGAGAGCGAACACAACUUGAUAGUCCUCUCUCCGCUUGUUUUGAAUGUUUGGAGUUUUUUUUUUUGUGUGUGGGGAUGUGAGGGGUUUAACUUGUACCAUUGUCGAAGGAGUAGAACGCGAGUCGUAUCUGUGGCGGCCUUUCUCACUUGGUGUCCUCACCUUGGCCGCGUAAAGCAUGCCUUGGGUUGCGUUGUACUGAGGAUCACAUCCUUGGAAUGGAGCUUAUAGCUUCGUUUCGUUGGCGGUUGGGGUCGCCGCGCCCUCGUGUGGGCCGUUCUGAAGGAAUUGCGUUCUACGAAGUAUGUUUAUCUCAUGCAACCCGACGCCGAAGGCUCAUGAUGAUGGCAGUGUUAGUUUUGGCGUCCGAUUUAUGACGAAGUAUGCUGUAGCUGAGUUGUUUUUUUACCGCGAAUGACAAUAAAUUUCUGAUAAAUUUGCG